CGCUGUUUCGGUCCCAGUGAAAACCAAGGGGGAGCGGAGAGUGAGGAGGAAGGCGAAAGGAAGCGCCAGGGCCGCGACUGGAGUCUCCGCCUGCUGUUCGCGCGCACCAGGGCAUGCUCAGUCGGAGCCAGCAUCGGCCCGGGCUGUGACUCCGGCGGCACACACCACCCUCCGCUCCGCUCUCCUGGCGUCAGGUUGAUGUUCUUUCGGCGCAGAGGAGGGAAGGGACCACGCAGGCUUCGCCCGGGGGAAGAGUCGGGGGGCCGGCGGGAGAGCUGCCCGGCGGGACGUUGGGACUCCUCUCCUGGAACGCCGAGAGCCUUCGGAGCGCCGGCGGCUUCCUGCGGCGCGGGGGCGAGGCCGGAGCCGGUUCUGGGGCGCGGGCGGCCCCGGGGAGAGCGAGAGGUGGCGGCUCCGCGUCCCGGCGGCGGGGGUCCGGGGAGCGACCCGCUCGGUGCCCGCACUUCGAUGGUUUGUCCCGAUCGCGAUGAGCCGCCCGUCCUCGCUGCCCCCGCCCCCGCCAGCGCCGCCGCCGCCACCAUCUCGGCUGCCGGGGCCGGCUCUUCGGCGGUCCCUGCCGCGGCCGCCGUCCUCUCGAGCCCUGGCGGGGGGGAAGGCAGCGGGGGGCCGGUCUCGCCGCAGCACCACGAGCUGACCUCGCUCUUCGAGUGCCCCGUGUGCUUCGACUAUGUGCUCCCGCCGAUCCUGCAGUGCCAGGCGGGGCACCUGGUGUGCAACCAAUGCCGGCAGAAGCUGAGCUUGUGCCCCACGUGCCGGGGAUCCCUGACCCCCAGCAUCAGGAACCUGGCCAUGGAGAAAGUGGCCUCGGCCGUCCUCUUCCCCUGCAAGUAUGCCACCACGGGCUGUUCGCUGACACUCCAUCACACGGAAAAGCCAGAGCACGAAGACAUUUGUGAAUACCGCCCGUACUCCUGUCCAUGUCCUGGUGCCUCUUGCAAAUGGCAGGGCUCGUUAGAAGCGGUCAUGUCUCACCUCAUGCACGCCCACAAGAGCAUCACCACCCUGCAAGGAGAAGACAUUGUCUUCCUCGCCACAGACAUUAACCUGCCGGGGGCCGUCGACUGGGUGAUGAUGCAGUCUUGCUUUGGGCACCACUUCAUGCUUGUGCUGGAGAAGCAGGAGAAGUAUGAGGGCCACCAGCAGUUCUUUGCCAUCGUCCUGCUGAUCGGCACGCGCAAGCAAGCGGAGAACUUUGCCUACAGACUCGAACUGAAUGGCAACCGGCGGAGGCUGACCUGGGAGGCCACGCCACGGUCCAUCCAUGACGGUGUGGCGGCGGCCAUCAUGAACAGCGACUGUCUUGUUUUCGACACUGCCAUAGCUCACCUUUUUGCAGACAAUGGAAACCUUGGGAUCAACGUCACUAUUUCUACAUGCUGUCCGUGAUGCCUCUUGUGUAAUUAGUGAGACGGAUGUGGUUGUCUGGACAUAGUGUUUUUUUCAUUCAUGGUUUUUAAAAUGUAUUCAACUAUGUCUUCGUAAGUAGUAGGGUUCUUCCUUAGCCUACCAUUUUGUAACUCCUCCCCGCGCCCCACCCCCUUGGGUUCUUUGUUAACGCACAGAUCACAGGGCAGUAAACUGAUGGAAGGCAAGUUUAUCCUG